CACCUGACACUACGGAGUUCCAAUCGAGUAUUAUACAGCUACUGCUAGCUGCCAACCACACGAACAUGCGGUGCACUUUUCAAUAAAAAUCCCCAUCCAUCCCUCGGAUAAACGCCAUCGGAAGCUCAGCCCCCACUGCGCCACUACCUCGCGCCCCAAUUCACCCACCACAACCUAUACAAUUUUUUACCAACCGCACCACGGCAGCGUUGCAGUUGCAGCAGCGCUACUAUCACCGGCAAGAACUCCGUUUCUUCGACGCCUGCCACCUUUGGUAAAAACUGGAGGAAGGGAUUCAAUUCCGCCCUGCUUUUACCGGCCGGUUGGUUUAUUAUCCUGCCUUCGCCUCGCCGGCCGGUUGGUUUAUUAUCCUGCCUUCGCCUCGCAGGUCAAACCUCUCUGCCUGCCGCAUCAGUGCCGUGCCGGUGUAGAGAGGUUCUAAUGCCUUUCUGUCACGGCCUCAUUAAUUCCUCUCGUUUACCUCACCCCGCCUGCUGAGAGGAGGGUGUUUUUUUUUACCGCUGCUGCUUGGAGGUCGGCUGUAACGUUAUAAGGCUUCGCGCAGGCGGCAGGCGUGAACGAACUCGCUCGCUCGCCCGCCCAGUGGACGCGGCCGCGCACAUGCUCGAGGUCCUGGACAUGGCGCCGCCGCCGCUGCCGCCGUCGCGGUGCCAGCAGGGGGCCGCCAAGGGCGGGCACGGACACGCGGCGAGGAGGAAGCAGCCGCUGCAGAGCAGCGUGUCGCAGCCGAAGGUGGAGACGGAGGCGGCGGCAGUCGUGCCGCCGGAGGGAGGCAAGAGGUGCGGGGGCGGCGGAGGGAGGAGGCGCGGCGGGCGCGGGCGGGCCAAGGCGUCUGGGGAACCGCGCGUGGCGCCGGGGUCCGAGCAGGAGCAGAUUCCCGCUCCACGCGCCGUCAUUGGGCCGCCAGUGCCGAGCAAGGGACUGUCGUUCUGCCGGAGGCCGGGGUUCGGGACGGUGGGCGCGCGCUGCGUCGUGAAGGCCAACCACUUCCUCGCCGAACUCCCCGACAAGGACCUCACCCAGUACGAUGUCAAGAUCACGCCGGAGGUUUGUUCGCGGAGCGUGAACCGGGCCAUCAUGGCGGAGCUGGUCCGCCUAUACCGCGAGUCAGACCUCGGGAUGCGCCUCCCGGCCUACGACGGCCGCAAGAACCUCUACACCGCCGGGGCCCUCCCGUUCGACGCGCGUGAGUUCGUGGUGCGCCUCACCGACGACAACGACGGCACCGGCGUGCCCCCACGGGAGAGGGAGUACAGGGUCGCCAUCAAGUUUGCCGCGCGCGCCGACCUCCACCACCUCCGCCAGUUCAUCGCCGGGCGGCAGGCGGACGCGCCGCAGGAGGCCCUCCAGGUCCUUGACAUCGUGCUCCGGGAGCUAGGCAAUCAGAGGUACGUCGCCGUAGGGCGGUCCUUCUACUCGCCGGACAUUAGGAAGCCGCAGCGGCUCGGCGACGGCCUGCAAUCGUGGUGCGGGUUCUACCAGAGCAUCCGGCCGACUCAGAUGGGACUGUCGCUUAACAUCGACAUGUCGUCCACGGCGUUUAUCGAGCCGCUGCCGGUGAUCGAGUUCGUGGCCCAAAUAUUAGGGAAGGAUGUCAUGUCAAGACCAUUGUCAGAUGCUAACCGAAUCAAGAUCAAGAAAGCACUGCGAGGUGUAAAAGUUGAAGUUACUCACCGAGGAAAUGUAAGGCGGAAGUAUCGCAUUUCAGGGGUGACAACGCAACCAACUCAUGAACUGAUUUUCCCAAUUGAUGAUCAAAUGAAUAUGAAAUCCGUCGUGGAGUACUUCAAGGAAAUGUAUGGGUUUACCAUUCAACAUCCCCAUCUUCCAUGCCUUCAGGUGGGAAACCAAAAGAAAGCGAACUAUCUACCAAUGGAGGCCUGCAAGAUUGUCGAGGGCCAGAGAUACACAAAGAGGCUGAACGAAAAACAGAUAACAUCAUUGCUAAAGGUUACAUGCCAAAGGCCUAGAGAACAGGAGAUGGAUAUUCUACAGACAGUUCAUCAAAAUGGAUAUGAGCAAGAUCCAUAUGCAAAGGAAUUUGGGAUCAACAUUAGUGAGAAGCUAGCUUCUGUUGAAGCCCGAGUCCUUCCUGCACCUUGGUUGAAAUAUCAUGAUAAUGGAAAAGAGAAGGAGUGCUUACCACAGGUUGGUCAAUGGAACAUGGUAAACAAGAAAGUGAUCAAUGGAUGCAAGGUGAGCCAUUGGGCUUGUAUAAACUUCUCGAGGAGCGUCCCAGAAGCCACUGCUCGGGGAUUUUGCCAGGAGUUGGCGCAAAUGUGCCAGAUUUCGGGCAUGGAAUUUAACAGUGAGCCCGUGAUACCAAUAUAUUCAGCUAGACCAGAUCAAGUAGUGAAGGCACUUAAACAUGUGUAUAAUAUAGCAUUGAACAGACUCAAGGGUAAGGAACUUGAACUUCUUUUGGUAAUCCUCCCCGACAACAAUGGCCCAUUAUACGGUGACAUAAAACGCAUCUGUGAGACUGAUUUGGGAUUGAUAUCACAAUGUUGCUUAACCAAGCAUGUUUUUAAGAUCAGCAAGCAGUACUUGGCAAAUGUCUCCCUUAAAAUUAAUGUUAAGAUGGGAGGAAGAAACACUGUGCUCCUGGAUGCGAUAAGUUGGAGGAUUCCAUUGGUCAGUGACAUACCAACUAUUAUAUUUGGUGCAGAUGUAACACAUCCUGAGACCGGGGAGGACUCAAGUCCAUCAAUUGCUGCUGUUGUUGCUUCUCAAGAUUGGCCUGAAGUUACAAAGUAUGCUGGGUUGGUUUGUGCUCAGGCUCAUCGGCAAGAGCUCAUUCAGGACCUUUACAAGACAUGGCAUGAUCCUCAGAGAGGCACUGUAACAGGAGGCAUGAUCAGGGAGCUCUUAAUAUCCUUUAGGAAGGCCACUGGGCAGAAGCCAUUGAGAAUAAUUUUCUACAGGGAUGGUGUUAGUGAAGGUCAGUUCUACCAAGUUCUCCUUUAUGAGUUGGAUGCUAUCCGCAAGGCAUGUGCAUCCCUAGAACCAAAUUACCAGCCUCCUGUAACAUUUGUGGUGGUUCAAAAGCGUCAUCAUACAAGACUAUUUGCAAACAAUCACAAAGACAGAAGUAGCACGGACAAGAGUGGAAAUAUUUUGCCUGGAACCGUUGUUGAUUCGAAGAUAUGCCAUCCAACAGAGUUCGAUUUCUACCUCUGUAGUCAUGCUGGAAUUCAGGGAACAAGUAGGCCAGCUCACUACCAUGUUCUCUGGGAUGAGAACAAUUUCACAGCAGAUGAAAUGCAGACAUUGACAAACAACCUCUGCUACACUUAUGCACGGUGCACACGCUCGGUUUCUGUUGUCCCGCCUGCAUACUACGCGCACCUGGCAGCGUUCCGAGCCCGGUUCUAUAUGGAACCAGAGCUGUCGGAGAACCAGACGACGAAGAGCUCCAAUGGGACCAACGGAGCCUCGGUGAAGCCUCUGCCUGCCGUGAAGGAGAAGGUGAAGAGGGUGAUGUUCUAUUGCUGACAUGGAAGGAGACCACUUAACCAAUCACAUGCUGUUGCUAACAUCGUAGAAUUUAGUAGAGAUUAGACUAGCUUUCUCCUGGAAUGGAAGAGUCUUGCAUUUGGAUCCUGAACAAUAUAGGAAUUGACUACCUCUGUAAAGUAUCCAGAAACGCCUGUAUAAUAGUUCUUGGAUCAGAUGGCAUCCAAUCUGACAAAAGGGUCACUAAGAUGGUGUAGAAACCUGCUGAUAUUUUAUAGGUUAA